GUCGAGGGUUUGACUUUCAUCUUCUCUUUUUUUGUUCGGCUUCGUUGCUUCGCAAGGCGUAGAGAUUGCACGCUUCGCUUCGUCGGCUCCUUCGUGGCUGUUCUACUUCGCUCCUUCGACGACUUUCCCGUCCUGUCGGAUCGGAAAUUACGAUAUUUUGAUCGGAAGCAACAACGGGAGCUCGCUGGCUGUGAAGAUUUCAGGGAUUAAGACCAUGUCAGAUACGGCGUCCAUACUUUCAUUCAUGGAACUUGCUUUAAAGCAGGCUAAGCUGGCUUUGGACAGACUAGAAGUUCCUGUUGGCUGUGUGAUUGUAGAGAAUGGCAUGGUGAUUGCCUCUGGGAGCAACCGAACUUCUGAGACAAGGAAUGCAACCAGGCAUGCAGAAAUGGAAGCCAUUGAUAUACUGAUGGAGCAAUGGCAGAUGGAAGGGCUGGAUUUCGAACAAGUUGCACAGAGAUUUUCCACAUGUGAUCUCUAUGUGACAUGUGAACCGUGUAUAAUGUGUGCAGCAGCAUUGUCCAUUAUUGGUAUUAGGGAAGUUUAUUAUGGUUGUGCUAAUGAUAAAUUCGGAGGAUGUGGUUCUAUCUUGCCUUUGCAUGAAGGCGCUUCGCUUGAAUUUUCUAG